GUUCUUCCCCUAUCCAAACCUCACCGGAAAACACACUCGCUUUCCAUGGCGGCAUCUCUCUCAUCUAUCUCCGCCCUUCGCAUCAAACUUCAUAGACAUUCCUUCAAUCCCAGGAUUAUUUCCUCCUCCGCGUCUUCAAACCCCCAACAAUUCUUCAUUAUUUCACCCCGUCUACCCCCAAAACGCCGUUUCAUUAGGCCUUUCUCCCUCAAGUUAUCAAGAAGUUUCUCAAUUAACUCCAUAUUCAAUGAUGAUAAGAAGAACAGUAACCCAAGCUUUCACCAUUUCCUCGCCCAAGCUCAAGCCACUGCUCUCACUGCUUCCGAUGCUACUGAAACCGAUGAUGUUCCAUCCUCUGAAGUCCUUCCAAGAGGUCGCAUCUAUCAGGAAACCUACGGAUGCCAAAUGAACGUCAACGACAUGGAAAUCGUCUUAUCCGUGAUGAAAAAAGCCGGAUACGAUGAAAUUGUAACCGAACCUGAAAGUGCAGAGAUCAUCUUCAUCAACACUUGUGCUAUCAGAGAUAACGCAGAACAAAGAGUAUGGCAAAGACUCAACUACUUCUGGUUCUUAAAACGCCAUUGGAAAAGCAAUGUAGCCACAGGUCGCUCACAUUCUCUACACCCCCCAAAAGUAGUAGUCCUCGGAUGCAUGGCAGAAAGGUUAAAAGACAAGAUUCUAGAUUCAGACAAAAUGGUUGAUGUUGUUUGUGGACCAGAUGCUUACAGGGACUUACCACGUUUACUAGAAGAAGUUGAAAAUGGUCAAAAAGGUAUCAACACUCUUCUCUCUUUAGAAGAAACCUAUGCUGACAUCAGCCCUGUUCGAAUCUCCAAAGACUCCAUCUCUGCUUUUGUUUCUGUAAUGAGAGGUUGCAACAACAUGUGUUCUUUCUGCAUCGUGCCAUUUACAAGAGGUAGAGAAAGGUCAAGACCUGUUGAAUCCAUAGUCAAAGAAGUUGCAGAGCUUCAAAAGGAAGGAGUGAAAGAGGUGACACUUCUAGGUCAAAAUGUCAACAGUUACAACGAUGAAGGAGGUGAUGAAGAAGAGAUUGAAGGAGGGGUAAAUUGGAAAUUAAGUGAUGGAUUUUCUAGUAAGUGUAAGGUGAAGAAAGUAGGGUUGAGAUUUGCUGAUCUUUUGGAUAGGCUUUCAAUGGAGUUUCCUGAGAUGAGGUUUAGUAAUAUGCUUGAAAGAAUGAGAAGAGGGUAUACAAGAGAAGCUUACUUAGAACUUGUGCACAAAAUAAGGAGUAUAAUUCCUGAUGUUGGGUUGACAAGUGAUUUCAUAUGUGGGUUCUGUGAUGAGACAGAGGAAGAACACAAAGACACUUUAACUCUAGUUAAGUCCGUGGGUUAUGACAUGGCAUACAUGUUUGCAUAUAGCAUGAGAGAGAAAACUCAUGCACAUAGAAAUUAUUCCGAUAAUGUCCCUGAAGAAAUCAAACAAAAAAGACUCACACAACUCAUUGAAGCUUUUCGUGAAAGCACAGGUCAAUGUUUUGACUCCCAAAUUGGUAGUAUUCAACUUGUGUUAGUUGAAGGACCAAAUAAAAGAGCUCCUGAGACCGAGCUUAUUGGGAAAAGUGAUAGGGGCCAUAGGGUAAUUUUUGCAAACUUGGAGGUCCCGGAUUGGGUGGAAUGUCGUGGUGAUAGGAAUCCGAGAGUUGGGGAUUUUGUAAAAGUUAGGGUUUUGAAAUCUUCAAAGGCGUCUUUGUUUGGGGUUGCGAUUGGGAUUACUACAAUGAGUGAGUUUUAUAAUGUGGGACAACAAGAAGGAGGAGCGCCGCCGGAGCUGCCUGCAACCACCGUGAGGCAGCUCAGGUUGGCCGUUGAUCGGAGAAACAAUAGAAUUCAUUGCAUCUGGAUUCACUUCUCGUCUUGUCAGUUUCAUGGAGAAACGGAAGUCUGUAUUACUUUCCAAAUUCUUGUGAGGGUGUUGAUGAGUGUGGAGGCAGGUGAAGAUAUGGAGUUCCUCAAGAGAGAAUUCAUGGAAGUCAUCAAAGGCUUAAUUUGUCUACCAAUCAAACUUCCAGGUUUCAGAAUGUAUAAAUCUCUCCAGGCUAAAGAAAGAAUGUUAAAGAUGGUGAGAAAGAUUGUGAAUGAUAGGAAAAUAGCAAUGGAGAAAAAAGAAACAAAAGAUUCAGGUUCACCAAAUGACGCCAUUGAUGUGUUGUUAAGAGAUACAGGUGAAUCAGAUGGGACCCAACAAAGGUUACCAUUGGAUUUCAUCAGUGGGAACAUUAUUGAGAUGAUGAUCCCUGGGGAAGACUCGGUGCCCAUGAUCAUGACUCUAGCUGUCAAAUACUUGAGUGAUAAUCCUUUGGCGCUUUCUUGUCUUAUGGAGGAAAAUGAUGAACUAAAGAAGCGAAAGGAUGAAUCGGGCGAAGGGUAUGCUUGGACCGAUUAUGUCUCGCUUCCGUUUACUCAAGGCGUGAUAAGUGAGACUCUUCGGAUGGCGAAUAUCAUCAAUGCGAUUUGGAGAAAAGCUCUUGAAGACGUAGAAAUCAAAGGCUACUUGAUCCCAAAAGGAUGGUGUGUUUUGGCAUCAUUGACUUCCGUUCAUAUGGAUGAAGAAAACUAUGAAAACCCCGAUGAAUUUGAUCCAUGGAGAUGGGAGAAAACGGGAGCGAGUGUCAAUAGCAACAAGUUUACACCGUUUGGUGGUGGACAACGGUUGUGUCCCGGUUUGGAGUUCUCAAGGCUAGAAAUCAGUAUUUUUCUUCAUCAUUUUGUCACGAGUUACACUUGGGUUGCGGAAGAAGAUCAGAUUGUAUAUUUUCCAACGGUUAAGACAAAAAGAAAAUUACCUAUCAUGGUGACACCUAGAUGAAACUAGUGACAAAAAGAUGUUUGAUUAAUAAUUAAUCGUAUGAGUCAUGGUAAAUUUAUUACAAUUUGUUUGGGCAUAAGGUGUAUAUAUUAUGAUGAAAAAACGUUUGGUGGUUUGUUUCCGGUUAACUUCAAUUUUGGGUUUAUACUGUUUUUCUUUUACAUAAAAU